AUGCGCAAUCUUUGGCUACUCUUCGUGAUCUUUUAUAAAGCAAAAGCAGAAUUCCAACACAACCAGUUCCGACGGUAUACAUGCUUUAUCACAAAUGAUGACGAGCCAUCUGACUGCACGUUAACAUUUAAGGACGAUACAGAAAGAACAGCAAUCAAUGACAAUGGCUGCUUCACUGAAAAAGAUGCAACACGUGAUCAGGUUCUAACAUACUGCCCGCUGCAAUGUCCAGAAGCUGAAUCAGCUUACGUGAUGUUAAAGCAUCCCUCAAACAACAACAAAUGUUUGGCAUUCUUCACAUAUAAUGUUACUCGGCGCAAAAAUGACUGGUUUUUGUGGCGAUCCGGAAAAUGCCUCUUUGAAGAAAUACAAUUCGAUAUUGGUUGCACAUUUCCAUUUAAGAAAAACACAAAUUUAAGCACUGUUAGGCAGGAGGUAGGAGAUGCGAAAUGA